AUGGAUAUCCGCAUAGAAGCGAUGGAAGGGCCUGUUCCUGCUGGAGAGACUUUUGUGUCCAUGCGCAUUGGAGACUACCAGAAGCAGUCUCGAUUGGGAUGCACUAAAAGCUAUCGCUUUCCACAAGAUGAUGGCAAUGGAUUUGCUCGCCUUGAGGUCUUUCAGCGGAUCGGACACGUCUCUCUCAGCCUGGACAAGCUGCGAGCAAGUGAUCAAGACGUGCAGGUUCCGUUGGAUACUCCGGAUGUGAAUUUCUUGCCCAUGCGGAUUGGCAUGGAGAAGAAGUCGGACCAAAAGGGUCAGGGGAAGGUGAAGACCAGACUUGAUUCAGCGCAAAGGUACUUGGCGCAACAUCAAUUGGAAGAGAUCAUUGCUGAUGCCAUGCGCGAGGUGAUCCAUGAAAAGCCAGACGACCCGCACACAUUCCUCUCCAAUCAGAUCAUGAAGCACGCAAAGAAGCCUUCAUUCUUGCCACCUCUGCGCAAUGACAAAGAGCUGCCACCAAAGCCUCCAAGUGGAAAGAAUCCGAAGCCCAAUAUGUCUGAGAAGCUUCCACCCAUCAGUGGAGGAAAUGAGCUGAGCAACCUGCGCAUCGAGGCUCGGGAUGUCUUGCUGCAAUCUGCCAAAGAUGGAAGCUUGGCAAAGGCCUUGGCGAGUGCUUCGAGCGAAGAGGUGGACAUGACAGAAUUGCGCAAGGAGGCGGCGACGGCAUUGUUCAAUGCAGCCAAAGACGGGAGCUUGAAUGCAGCAUUGCGAGACACGGCCAUCCCCAAGGACAGUGAAUUGGAGCAACUCCGACAGCAGGCCAGGGCCACCUUGCUUCAGGGAGCACGUGAUGGAUCCUUGCAGGAUGCGCUGAAGAGUACCAAAGCCGAGGUAUCAGCAGAGAGCGUUCGCUUGGAGGCACGUGAAGCUCUGCUGCGAUCAGCUCAAGAUGGAACACUGGCAGCAGCUUUACAGGGUCAGGCAAACCGUGAGGAUGCUCUGAAGGUGGAGGAGCUUCGUGCCCAGGCCCGCGAUGCACUGCUCAAGGCAUCCAUGAACGGGGCUUUGGAACAGGUACUCAGCAAGGGUAAGUCAGAUAAGAAGGCAAUGCAGGCUGCCGAAUUGCCACAGUUCAAGUUCAAACCGUCAGUGGCAUCGUGGCUCCAAAAGAAACCCCACCAGGUUCCAAAGCCCUGGUACUACCAGCGGGUUUCCGUUGUUGAAGCUGAGGACGAGAAGGUCGUGAAGGGCUUGCAAGCCGUGAUCGCAGAGAAGGAUGGAGAAAUCGCUGCACUGAAGGCCCAAUUGCAGCAGACCGGUAUGGAAGUUGCUGCAUCAGCACCUCCAUUGCCACCCAAGGCUGAAAAGGCAGCUCCCGAGCCUGCCAAGCCGAAGGCAACGCCGGCAACCCUGAUGAACUUCAGGCAGUACUACUCCGAGAAUGUCCGCAGUCUUGGAUCUGAUGCAAUGCAGAAGCUGUACUCCAAGUUCCCCAGCCAGCCGAAGCCAGCUCCAAAAGCUGCGGCAAAGGAACCAGAGGUGAAGCCAAAGUUUGCACUUCGACCAUCCGUGGGCACAUGGCUGACACCCAAACUGGUCAAGCCUGCUGCCACGCCUGCGGCGGAUGCUUCAUCUGCCCCUGAAGCUUCCAGCAAGCCAAAGACACCAUUUGCUUUGAAACCAUCGGUUGGAACCUGGCUGAGCUUCAAAAUUACCGAUGACCGUCCAAAGUCCGCGAGCAUUUUGGACAGAACCCACAGCAAGCAGUUGGCGAUGAAUCAGGAGGAUCUGAUCAAGGGGUACCAAAAGGAGAUCAAGAAGAGGGAUGAGGCGAUCGAACAGCUGAAGUCUUCCGUGAAGGCAUGA